UAGAAUUUUUAUAUGAUAAACUUGGUUUUCCUCAUUGAAUUGCAUCUGGCUCUAUGGGACAAUCUGGAACUGAAUUAGCAGAAAAGCUUUUCUCAUGAAAUCGAAUCUGGCAGUACUAACUUUUUUUUACCCUUUAACAUCUGAUUUCUUCAUCUUAGCACUAAAGAGGAUGGACCUUCAUAAACCAUAUAAUCCAGGCCCACUACUAGCUGUGGACACCGAGUCAAAUAUUGUGAUGAGCUGGAGGUGUCAUGGUUUGCCCUUUAAAACUCUUAAAAUGAAAGCUGCUGAUCUACACUAUAUAGUUAAUGAGAUCUCAGGUAUUGGAGGUGGACCAUUUACAGUAGUUGUGCUGUCUGGCUGGGCUCAUUUCACAACUUACCCUGUGAAUGUGUAUGUGCGUUGGUUGAGAAAACUGCGGGAAGCUGUAAGGAUGUUAAUUCUUAGAAGUCCUGAGACAAAGGUUCUCAUUAAAUCAGCCAACACUGGUGAUAACACAGUAUACAGCAAUAACUGGAUUGCUUUUCAGUUUAACAAAUUACUACGAGUAAUGUUUUCUUCCCUCCCUGUGAUUGUAGUAGAUGCAUGGGAGAUGACAUCUUGUCAUUACCUUCCAGAGGCAUUGCACCCAGAAGAACCAGUCAUCAAGAAUGAAGUUAGCAUGUUGCUGUCCUAUAUCUGUCCUCACUGAAUUUAAUUUAUUAUACCUUAGGUCAACUACUGUAUCAUCAUCGCUGAUAUCAUUUUGGACAUGGACUUCAGCAAAAAUUAAUUUUGUUCUGUAUUGUUGGAUGGCAAGUAUUUAUAAAAUGUUUCCAGAGUAUGAGCAGACUGCUCAGAGUAUGAUGUCUUUGGUUGGAUGUGAUGGAUGUUCUAUAGCCGGGUAUUUUUCAAAAUGAUUACAUUGAAUUAACACAAUAAAAAUAAAUCUCCUUCCAUGCCUAUUUCUACAUAAUGAACACAUUUUGGAUGAG